GUCACCCCGGCUCUACAAUGCGAGACACACGGCAGAAGAGAGCCGCAGGUCCGUGCCCCGUUCCACCGCACCCCGCCCCCGAUGACUGCUUGAUAAAGUGAGUGCGCUUCGGGGUCUCGCCUUUUGCAAAGGAUGAAGUUUCCUGGAUCGCUCUCCGAUUUUCCCUUACGGAUAACGGCGCUCAUAUCGCGGUGCCCAAGACACUCUGUACGGAAUACAAACUUUGAGAGAAGAUGGGCGUUGAACAGAAACGGGACACCGAGCCGGUGCCAGGGCUGAAUGGGUGGAGGCGCACAAGCAUCAGAUGGUCACAGCUCUGUCGACGGGAGGAUACAAGGAUUCCUGGCACUUUGCGAUCUCGGAUGCCUUUCGUGAUAAGUCGGCUGCGCACUCCGGUCUUUAGAGCUGGUAACCCACUCCAGUGUUGAUUCCCUUGCCAAGCAGAGAGUUUCUGCUUUGUCCCUAGGAUUUUUGACUCUUUUGGUAACUGGUCGAUAGCAUCAUGAAGUCGUUGUUCUACAGUCGCUUUUUCAUCCUCCUCCCUUGGGUUUUGAUUGUGAUCAUAAUGAUAGAUAUAGAUACUAAGAGGACCUCGGGCAGGGUACCCACGCACCCCUACUUCUCCAGGCUAAGUCAUGGCCACCGACUGGACGGGACACUUCAAAGGGGAACCAGCAAUCACUCUUCGCUGCCCACUGUUUAUGCCAUCACCCCCACUUACAGCCGGGCAGUACAAAAAGCAGAGCUCACACGUUUGGCUAACACCUUUCGCCAGGUACCCCGCUUCCAUUGGAUUGUGGUGGAGGAUUCCAACAUUCGCACGGAACUUGUGUCCCGGUUUUUGGCUCAUUCAGGGGUCCCAUACACUCAUCUGCAUGUGUUGACCCCAAGACGGUACAAGCGGACGGGUCUUCCUCGGGCCACCGAGCAGAGGAACGCGGGGCUCGCCUGGCUGCGUGGGCACCGCGGGGCUCAGCACUCAGGGGUCGUCUUCUUUGCAGAUGAUGAUAACACGUACAGCCUGGAGCUCUUUGAAGAGAUGCGAACAACUCAGAAGGUGUCGGUAUGGCCGGUGGGCUUGGUUGGGGGCCGGAGAUAUGAACGGCCUUUAGUGGAGAAGGGCAGAGUGGUCGGCUGGUACACUGGAUGGAGAGCAGACCGGCCUUUCGCCAUAGAUAUGGCAGGUUUUGCAGUAAAUCUUCAAGUUAUUCUGACAAAUCCAAAAGCCAUGUUCAAACGUCGGGGAUCUCAGCCUGGAAUGCAGGAGUCGGAUUUUUUAAAACAGAUAACAAAAGUGCAAGACCUUGAACCCAAAGCUCAUAACUGCACCAAGGUACUUGUUUGGCACACCAGAACUGAGAAAGUGAAUUUGGGAAAUGAGCCAAAGCACCGUCAGGAUACAAUUCAGAUUGAGGUAUAAGAAAAGGGACUAUUGGAGGUACCAGAGGCACACAGGGAUGGCUGGAAUACAAAACGCUCAUCAAAGCCGAUACUGCGGACUCUCUUCAGUAAGUCUCUGAGUGAAAGAAAGAGCAAGUCUCUCCUGUGAUGGAUCUUUAUCUGACCUCAACGGAAUAUCAGAUGACUUGGGAAACAAAUACAAUGUGAUUUUGUCUUCACCUGCAUGUGUUUUUUAUUCCUCUGAACUUCAUUUAACAGUAUCGUCUGAUAUGGAUCAGAGCUGCUCACUGAAGGAAGACUGACUUUUGAAAUUUUACAAAUCCAUCUCAAAUGGCUGGGCAUUGAAUACUUCUUUGGAUUUUCUUUUUAAAUCAAGAUAUUAGGCUUCUUAGAAAAGAAAAUGUCACAUACCAGCAGACUGUAAGAAGAUUUUCACAUGCAGACCUACAGUAUGGACGACUCGCAUUUUUUUUGAGAAUGUGGACAGUAUUUAACAGUAUUAGUUGUAUUUAAUUUCUUAACGAGAGCCAGAGUGAUAGAAAAAGCCAAGCCCAAGGGAGUGAAAAAACACAACACACAAUAAUUCAUGGCUAUUUUCAGUUUAAUGCACGGGAAAAAAAAAAAAAACA